UAAACAGAGAGACUUUUAAGCAGCAAUUUUUAUAUCCACAAAUUUAAUUCAUUUCCUCGAUAACUAUCAUGAUAUCAAGAUAUUAGCUGAGUGAAUUGUAGUGAUUUUUUUUAUUUUUUCUUAUCGUUUUAUUUUGUCAGUUCUUCCAAUCAUUUCUAAGUGAUAAUUUUAAUAAAUUGUGAAAUUAUGGAACAUCAAAAUGACAACAAAAGCACGGAAGCAGAAAAGCUACCGAAACGAUCAAACAGAUCACCGCCUUAUGCAUUAUUCAAUUUAGUUGUAAUCCUAGUUGCGAUUGGAUAUGCUAUAUACGUAAAAUUUUACAAUAAUGGUACCGAAAUCAAUAAAACAGUCGAAUCUGUGGAUCAAACAGAAUACAAGAUUCCAAUGUUUACAGCGGAGGAACUAAAGCAAUUUAACGGAGAAGGUGAUAAUAAAAAACUUUAUUUAGCAAUUAUGGGGGAAAUUUUCGAUGUCACACGAGGCGAAAAGCAUUACGGACCAGGCGAAUCAUAUCAUACGUUCGUAGGAGUUGAUGCUAGUAAGGCAUUUAUCACUGGCGAAUUUGAUGCCAAAAACGGCAAGUCUAGUGGACUUGAUCAUGUCUUAUCUUUAACGCCAAGUGAGCUAGUCAGUCUGAAGAAUUGGCGGGACUUUUAUGUUGACAAUUAUGAUUUCGUCGGACGAUUGAUUGGUCGUUUCUAUGAUGUAGAUGGAACUCCUACGGAAUACUUUUGGUCAAUCGACAGAAAAAUUCAAUUUGGCAUAAAGCAACAAGAAGAAGAGAAGAAUCUUCAGCGUGAAUUUCCACCGUGCAACAUGGAAUACAAGAAAGAAAAGGGAACAAGAUUUUGGUGUACAAAGCAAUCAGGCGGAAUUGAUCGAGAUUGGGCAGGAUAUCCGAUUCAAUUGUUCAAUCAAGAAUCAAAGACAUACUCGUGCGUUUGUGCGAAACAGGAGAGCUUUGAUCUACCUCAGUUUAGACGAUAUGAAAAUUGCGAGGAUAGCAUUAGAACGUGCUUUGUGGCAACAGAUGAACAAAGCAAUGAUGAUUAAUUAAAUAAUUAAAUCAUUUGGAAUUGUGAGAAUUCAAUGAAAUGAAGGAACAAAAGGGAAUGAAGAUGAUUUUGAGAAUUAGUGCUUAAUUAGUUUUUAAUGAAUCUAUCGAUGACACUUGUAUAGGAUAGUUUGCACAAUUAACUGUAAAAUUCAAGGAAUUUUU